AUGUCCACCAUGUCCACCCGCUCCGCCUGGCGAGCUCUGCACUACAGUGCCAAGCGUCGUGCCUUCCAACCCACGACCGCAUACCGCUGUUUCUCAUGUUCCACCCGCAGCAAUGAGCAGAAGCCCGAACAGGAUCGCAUGACACACUUUGGCUUCACCAACGUGCCCGAAUCCGAGAAGGAGUCACGAGUCGGCGCCGUCUUCUCCUCCGUCGCAGCCUCCUACGACCGCAUGAACGACCUAAUGUCUCUCGGCAUCCACCGCCUCUGGAAAGACCACUUCGUGCGCUCCCUGAAUCCAGGCGCGUGUCUGCCCGCACUCACAGCCGACCAACGCGGCUGGAACAUCCUCGACAUCGCCGGCGGGACCGGCGACAUCGCCUUCCGAAUGCUCGACCACGCCACCAACGUAAACCACGACAUGGACACGCGCGUGACAAUCAGCGACAUCAACGCCGACAUGCUAGCUGAGGGACGUAAGCGCUCCCUCGACACACCCUACUACAACACGUCGCGGCUGAGCUUUGUCGAAGCGAACGCGGAGCACAUGCCGCACAUCCCCGACAACUCGGUGGAUCUGUACACGGUUGUGUUUGGGAUCCGGAAUUUCACGGAUAAGCAGGCGGCGCUGAAUGAGGCGUUCCGGGUGCUGAAGCCGGGUGGUGUGUUUGCUUGUAUGGAGUUUAGUAAGGUUGAUAAUCCGGUUCUGGAUGGGAUUUAUAAGAGGUGGAAUUUUAGUGCGAUUCCGCUUAUUGGGCAGGUUGUUGCUGGGGAUCGUGAUAGUUAUCAGUAUCUUGUUGAGAGUAUUGAGCGGUUUCCUAGUCAGGAGGAGUUUAGGGGGAUGAUUCAGAAGGCUGGGUUUUUGAUUCCCGGGCAAGGGUAUGAGAAUUUGACUGGUGGCAUCGCUGCUAUUCAUAAGGGGAUUAAGCCGAGGGCUUAG